UUGGUGGACCGUGACGGGGAUUUCGGCUGCGACCGGUCCUUCUGAAAAAGGAGCACUUCCGGCGCCGCGCUCGCUUCCUUCCGCUCAGAGCCAGCUUGGUCGGGGUUGGGAGGCUUAGCGUGUCCUCAGUGGGGCAGUAUGGCGGCGGCCAGUGGGUUCAGAACUGUGGAACCUGUGGAGUAUUACAGAAGAUUCUUAAAAGAAAAUUGUCGGCCUGAUGGAAGGGACCUUGGUGAAUUUAGAACCACAACCAUCAAUAUAGGUUCAAUUACCACAGCAGAUGGUUCUGCCCUUGUGAAGCUAGGUAACACGACUGUAGUGUGUGGCAUAAAGGCGGAAUUUGCAGCGCCUCUUGCUGAUUCCAGUAACAAAGGAUAUAUUGUUCCUAACGUGGAUCUUCCUCCACUCUGUUCAUCAAGGUUUCGACCUGGACCACCUGGGGAAGAGGCUCAGGCUGCUAGUCAGUUUGUUGCAGAUGUGAUUGAAAAUUCACAGGUAGUAAUGAAAGAGGAUCUCUGCAUUGUAGAUGGGAAGAUCGCUUGGGUUCUGUAUUGUGAUAUUAUAUGCCUAGACUAUGAUGGAAACCUUCUGGAUGCCUGCAUGUGUGCUUUCUUAGCAGCUUUAAGAAAUGUGCAGUUACCUGCUGUUACUAUAAACGAAGAAACUGGAUUAGCAGAAGUCAACCUGAAAGAGAAGAUUCCUUUGACAAUUAGAAAGGAACCAGUGGCUACAUCCUUUAUCCUCUUUGACACAGUAAUGAUUGUUGACCCAACUGCAGAAGAGGAAGACUUGGCAACAGGCAUGUUAACUAUCGUCACUGAUGAAGAAGGCAAACUAUGUUCUGUUCAUAAACCAGGAGGAAGUGCCCUCACAGGAGCAAAACUUCAAGACUGCAUCAGCCGAGCAACAGCACGAUAUAAAGAAGUUAAAAAAUUAAUUGACAAAGUUAUAAAAAGUGUAAAGCCAACAUAAAACGGCCUCUCUGUAAAGUUGAUGUGUACAAAGUAUCUGUGAUAAGGUUGAUCCAUUGUUUGACACAAUUAGAACAUUUAUAAACUCCAGUUUAUGAACCCGCUUGAAAAAUAAUAAAUACAAUGGUUCCAGGUUGGUAAAUUGCUUUUUAAACUACAAAGGUGUGGUUAUCCUAUUUAUUUGAUUUACAUUACAAAAGAACUUGAUGUAUAAAACUGGUUAGUUGCAUUAAAAAGAUUGCAAGCAUAAACGUAACAUCGAGUUCAAUUUUAUCAGAAAACUUUAUUCAGUGUAAUUAAAAAACCUAUAAAUAUACAUAUCCAACAAAUACUUUACAAAUUAAGUGGACGUGAGGUACUUCUUUUUCACUUUUUGAUUGGCUGCCUGAAUGUGGCAGUGCAGCUGCUUGUGCUGUUGCCACCUCUGCUGUCGUAACCAUUUGAUGGUAGAAGAGCUGUCACUACUGCCAAGAGAGGAGAAGAAGAACAGAAUCUGAAUAGGUGUUAUUCUGAAGAGGGAAGCUUUAUUUUUCAGAACAUUUCAAGCUAAUCAGGUACCUAAUAAACAACUUUCAUUAGCAAA